AUGGCUCUGCAGUUAUCCAGGCGAGAAGUGGAAGACCUGAGGUCUUCGCUAGACCGUGCAAUAUACAGGACCAUAGGAAAAUCGGAUAGUUCCUUGCUGUCCACUGUAUCUUCCUGCUUAAGCAAUGGCUAUGAGCGUAGAAAAAUAAUUGAUAAAAUAUCAUCACAUAUAGAUUCAAAGAAAGCUAGUAAAUUAGCCGACAAAGUCAUAGCCUUGGCUCAGGAAUUGAUAUCUUCAUCAAAAUCAUCAACGAAACGCAAACAUGACAAUGGUGAUCGCGAUAAAGAGGGUAAACGGUCACGGCAUGAAGAUGUUAAAGAAGAGAAGGAGCCAAAAGAAGAAAUUAAAGAAGGUAGAGAAGAAAAGAAGAAUGGUGUAGAGGUUGUAACAACUGCAAUAUCAGAAGGGGAGACUGUUGGGUCCAAGAUGGCUGUUCUGAGUGCUGAUAGAAUCAAGCUUAUGAUGGCAAAUGCUCAAAAAGAGAUCGAGGAACGCAAGCGCGCUAUCCAAGCCAUGAAAGGUGGAGAUACCAAGAGCUCUGGAGUUAGUGCUGCAGCUGCUACAGCUCAGCAGCUGAAACUCCAAGUACAGAGCAGCAUACCACCACCGAGCGUCAUCAAACCUGUUCUUUACUCGAAACCAGCGGCAAGUGCGUUGAGCCACGAGGAGUUGGAGAAACAGCGGAAGAUAGCAGAGUUGCAGGCGAGAAUACAGAGGAAACUGGCUGGUGGAGCUUUGACAAGUACAGCGGGGUCAGGGCCGGCUCCGUUGAUCCUGGACCGGGAGGGUCGUACUGUCGACACCAGUGGUAAACGGGUCCAGUUGACACAUGUCGCUCCUACUCUUAAGGCCAACAUCCGCGCGCGUCGGCGCGAGGAGUUCCGCGCGCAGCUGUCGGGCGCGGCCCCGGCGGAGCCGAGCGCGCUGUCCCUGGCGUGGCACGACGAGCGCGUGGCCGCGCGCCCCGCCGCACGCGCCCGCCGCGCGCUGCGCUUCCACGAGCCCGGCAAGUUCACGCAGAUGGCCGAGCGCCUGCGCAUGAAGGCCCAGUUAGAGAAACUUCAAAAUGAAAUAUCCCAGAUAGCUCGUAAAACUGGCAUAUCUUCUGCCACUAAGCUGGCUCUUCUGGCAGCUGACACCCCGCACUCGGACAGAGUACCAGACAUAGAAUGGUGGGACAGCGUGAUCCUCAUGACGCCUGAGGAGCGCGAGAACAAACGGCGCUCAGACCCUGGCAGCGCAGACACCCGCACCGACACCCAGCGGGUGGACGCCUGCAACACUGGAGACGACGACAUAGUGGAGAACCUCAACGAAGAUGCCAUCACCAACCUGGUGGAGCAUCCUCAGCAACUCCGACCGCCAAGUCAGUACACUUAUUUGUUUGUUAUGCACUCCUAA